AUGGCAUCAGGAAGUGAUGUCCGUGAUAUACUGGGCCUUGGAGCUGCCGGCCCAUCAUCGGCUACAAAGCCUCCACCGCCCAAGAAGCUCGCAAGGCCUCCUGGUCAAAAGAGACUUGCUGGAAUUGCUAGAGAACUUCAUGAAUUACUGGGAGGAAGCGCUCCACCUAUUGUGCCAGUGCGGCCACAAUACAAGGCCAAACCCAAAAUGAGCAAACGAGUUACUGGAUGGGUUUGGAGGCAAUUCAAAAACGAUGCAAGAUCAGAUGGACUGCUACUAGAACACUGGGAAAAGGUCACAGACAGUCAAGAUGAACCGUAUCGAUUCAGCAAGUUCAACAAGAAUGUCAAUAUCUUGGAAUACUCUGACGAUGAGUACACAAAGUUUCUUGUCGACGAACAAUGGUCAAAAGAAGAAACAGACUACUUAUUCAAGCUAUGUAAACAGUACGAACUACGCUUUAUCAUUAUCACGGACAGAUACGAGUUUGAAGACAAGCAGCGCUCAAUGGAAGAUCUGAAGGACCGAUACUAUACUGUUGUACGCAAGAUUGCUGAAAGUCGAGCUGAAUCUCAGCCAGAACUCCGAGAUCUCGUUACCACACAUCAAUUCAACAAGAACAUGGAAGUCGAAAGGAAGAAGCAUCUUGAGAGGCUCUCUACACGCACGCCAGAACAGAUCAAGGAAGAAGAAAUCUUGUUCCAGGAGCUACGCAGGAGAGAAGCUAGUGAAGCCAAGUGGACUAAAGAACGAGAACAUUUGGCAAAGACCUUGGGUAGUAUGGACAUUCCUAUACCAACGUCUAUGGGUGGUCCUUCUGGUGAGCUGAUUGUUUCCCUUCAAGCUGGGGUUCCUGUAGCGCUGGAGAGAAAGGAGUCACUUGUGCCUGUGGGUCGCUCCAUUUUGGGUGAACUGGAAGACCUGUCUUCACGCCGAGAAAAGUUGCCUCCAGGUGUCUUCCUGAGGUCAUCACGAUUGACUGCAGUCAAAUCACAAUAUCAAUCCAAAGUCAACGAAGUGUUUGAGCGAUUUGACAUACCAAUGAAACCCGUAAUGCCAACUGGCCCAAUCUGCAACAAGAUGGAAGAUCUGAAAGGACUCAUUCAGCAAUUACUGGAUAUGAAACGAAUGCAUGAUCGAAUCAGUAUGGAUAUGAAGAGUGCUAUACAAAGGAAGCAGUAUUUGGAAAUGGGAGACGAUAAUGAUGAUGGUGGUGGCGGGGGUCGAAAACGCUCAAUGAGUUCACCUGCUCAUUCCCAGCGAGAUGCCAAACGCCAACGGGCUUGA